CACCCAUCUAUAAAAAAAGUAAUGAAAUCAAUGAUUGUUUUGAUAAAAAAAUCACAAAAUCAAAUUGUUUCGAUUAAAAAUAAAAACACAAAAAAAAAAACCCAAAAACCUACACGAAGAGCCUCUUCGUCCAUUUUUUGGCAGAAGCCGGACAGAGGUUCGACGAGUUCGGGUUAGUAAGGGACGGGGGCUUUAGGGUCAAACUCUAGUAAUUCUUUCUGAUGUGGAAGAUCGGACUUAGCCCGCAACCACAUAGCAUACUUAGAACGAGACUAGAGCGAAUAGAUCGAGGGAGAAAGAAUUGUAAAUGUGGUGGUGUGAUUUGGAGGGGGAGGGGGGAGGGGGGAAGGGUUCUAUUUAUAGGGAAGGAUGGGAGGGUCUGCGAAAAUUAAUGGGGAGCAUUCACCGCGUCCCUCAAAGGCGGUGAAUGCAUCGCCUUUUCCCAAAACAGUGCCUGACGCGGAUCGAGCGACAUGGCGUGCUGUGAGGCGUCGGAUCUGGGAAGAAAACCACGAUCCGCGACUCAUCGCAUCCAACGGCCACGGUGAGUGGGUCAGCGAUGCAGAUCGCUGACGCAAACAAACACGGGGUAUUCACCGUGUUUGUCUAACGCGGUGAAUACACCGCGUUUGUCCAGGUCAGCGAUUCCCGUCGCUUCAACGUGGCAUACAAAAGCGGUUUAAUAUACACCGUGUUUCACUAAAGCGGUGAUAUGUUCACCGUUUGACUCUAAAACGGUGAUUGACUCGCUCGUUGUUCACCGUGUUAGAGAAGAACGGUGAAUACAUCACCGUUUUUUUUAAACGGUGAAAUGUUCACCGUGUUUGACAAACGCGGUGAUUAUAUUCACUGCCUUUGUCAAAAACGGUGAAUACCAAACAUGUAUAGUAUUGGGAAAAAAUUUAACUAAUGUAUUUUGGAAAUUUUUUUUAAGAACAUGUGUAAAGCGGGAUUUUUUCCUGCUUUCUAUGUCUUCUUUACUCGUAGACACAAAUCAUGUUCCAACACAAUAAUACUUUCUUUUAGUUCUAAGUGAAUAAGCCUCCAAGACCAAUGUGGCCCAACCCAAACCACAAUUCUUCUCUUUCCACAACAUUCCAUUUCCUUUUUAAUACAUCAACAUUUGCUCAUUCAAUCAAUUUCAUCGAGCAUCAUAUAAUGGCAUUGAUUCAAGAUAACAUAAAGCCUAUAUAAGGAAAUUGAACCAAUUAGCUGCAAUUCAAUAAUAACUUUAUGAAACUAAAGGUAGGAUAGUCUAACGGUAAAGCUGCCGCGACAGUGAAGACUUGGGAGUUGCAGAUCUCAGGUUCGAAUCCAAGUGAGACCUGUUGGUGUUUCCGGAGGAACAAGGCUGGUGGGGGCGAAGCCCUCUUGACGUCGAAUUUGAUUGCAGGUGGCCCCCAAGUUUAUUAGGACCCUCUAUCAUAAAGUGGCACGUGGGGCUGAGAUUCCUGGGUAAUAAAAAAAAAAAGAAUAACUUUAGACCAUCUACAAUGUGGGUGGUGGGAAAUAUGGGAAAAGAGGGAAAAGUGGGAAAAUUGGUUGGUUUGGUCACAGUGUGGCGGUGAGAAAAGUGGGUAAUCAGUUUAGUACUUUUUUGUUAAAAUCAAUCUAUAGUUGACUUUGUCACUUUUUUUUCCAUAUAAUGAUCAUUAUUAUUACGUACUUAGUGAUAAUCAAUUAAUACGAACAUUUCGAUAUAAUUUUUUUUUUAAUUUGGAAAUAUUUUUUUCAUCACUAAUUAAGUAUGACAUCAUUAAUUUGGAAAAAUGGCCGUUAAAAAAUAUGGCCGUUAAAAGUGACCGUUGCAAAAUAUGGCUGUUGGUUAAAUUUGUCCGUUGGGGACAAAAACACAACUUUCCAAACAAGCUUUUGCUAAAAUCAGGGGAAAAAAAUAAAAAAAAAGAAAAGAAAGGGUUGUCCUUUCCCAUCCUCCACUUCCCCCCACCAUUUGUCUCAUCUGGUGGGUUUUCCCACCCACUAAACCCACAAAACUCAUUUAAUUCCCUAUUCCCCACAUUGUAGUCACAUUUCCCAUUUUUCCCACAAAACCAACCCACAUUGUGGAUGGUUUUAUGAAUACAAAUAUAGGAGUAGAAUAAGAUAGCAUAAAGAUU